CGCUGUUGUAGGUGACUUAUCUCCCUCUGAUUUCAAGGUAGAUAUGCUGAAUGUGUGCAGUAGCUAACCCCAUGAGCUGUCAAAUAUAUUUCUGAGAGGUCAUUGUAUUAAGCUGUGCAAGUUUUGACGAACGUAGUUAGACCCAGGUUAACCCGGUGAAGAUGUCUGGAGAUAUCCCGCUCAACAUCAACAUUGCGGAGCCGCGAUGGGACCAGGGCACCUUCAUGGGCCGCGCCCAGCACUUCUUCACGGUGACCGACCCCAGGAACGUGCUGCUGUCCGGCGCUGUGCUGGAGGACGCACGGGUCACCAUCGAGGACUACAGAAAAGGCAUUGUGCGGCCCGGCCUGACGGAGGAUGAGUUGUGGAGGGCUAAGUACAUCUACGACUCGGCCUUCCACCCGGACACCGGCGAGAAGAUGAUCCUGGUGGGACGCAUGUCUGCUCAGGUGCCCAUGAACAUGACCAUCACCGGAUGCAUGCUCACCUUCUACAGGACGACCCCGGCGGUGGUCUUCUGGCAGUGGGUCAACCAGUCCUUCAACGCCGUCGUCAACUACACCAACCGCAGCGGAGACGCCCCCAUGACAGUCAACCAGCUGGGGGCAGCGUACGUCAGCGCCACCACUGGAGCAGUCGUUACAGCGCUGAGCCUCAAGGCCCUAGCCAAGCGUCUGCCUCCCAUCAUCAGUCGGUUCGUUCCCUUCGCUGCUGUUGCCGCGGCCAACUGCAUCAACAUCCCCUUCAUGAGACAGAGGGAGCUGAAGUUCGGCAUCCCGGUGACCGAUGAGGAGGGGAACCGUCUGGGGGAGUCGGCCAAGGCGGCCCAGCAGGCCAUCGUACAGGUGGUGGUGUCCAGGAUCGGCAUGGCCGUGCCAGCCAUGGCCAUCCCUCCUGUUAUUAUGGAUGCACUGGAAAAGAAAGCCUUCAUGAAGCGUUUCCCUGUGCUCAACGCUCCAGUUCAGGUUGGCCUGGUCGGAUUCUGUUUGGUGUUUGCCACUCCUCUCUGCUGCGCACUGUUCCCCCAGAAGAGCUCCAUGAGUGUGAGCAGCCUAGAGCCAGAUCUUCAAGAGCGGAUACGAGCGAGCAACGCAAACAUCACCUCCGUCUAUUUCAACAAGGGCCUGUAGAUGACCACCACACACACACACACACACACACACACACACACACACACACACACACACACACACACACACACACACACACCAUUUAUCUCCUACUCACACCCAACACUCCUCUCCACAGGGCACACCAUCAUGUGUCCCCCUUAGACAAACACAACUUAACCUCCUGGGGCAUAUUCCAAAAACAUGGUUUAGUGACUAAGCCAGCAAGGUUAUAACACAGACUGAGUGGUAAAACACCUAAUAGAAGUGACCUGGCUUUCAUCCUUCAGUCAAAGCAGAGCCAUAGGCCACUUGUAUUAGUAGAUUUACCACUGGGUCAGCGUUAACAUACGCAAGGAAGAGACUAAACCUGCUUUUUUGGAAUACCCCCCUGGUCACCUUCCCCCUUCACAUACCAGUCUUUACUUUAAGCCAGGCUCAAACUACACAACUUUAAAAUCGUGUCCGAUUCUGCGUCAGGUUGCACCGCACGCAUAAUUUUGAGUCGUAAAUAUCAAAGUGUUUGAUAUCUACAAUUUGCAAUGGGCGACUCACGACCAGGAAAUCUUGCCCGACAAUCCUGGGGGGGUAACCUUCCACCUAUUGCCGUAAGGGGUGGGGUUCAGCCGAAAAUUGGGCAGAUAGUUGUGUAGUUUGAGCCCGGGUUUAGACUACUCAGUAGGUCAACUACAGAUGUGCUAUUUCAUAUUGUACUACAGUGUUAAUUUCCAUACUCCUAACUCCGUCUUCAUACCAGAGGUGUCAAAAGUAGAAGUAAAAGUUAAGAAAAGGAAACACAGUUAUCCGAGUAACCAGUAGACUUGUGCAUUUGUUGGACAAUCGGCUCACUGCACUGGUUGGAUCAAGUUUGUGCUUGUUAGGUUUUUAGUCCUUGUUAGUAAAGAUGUAGGUUUGGCGACAUUACAAAGACAUUACAAUGUCAAAUUGUCUGGGCAUGCUAUUUUUACAUUAUGUUUGUGAAAAGGUGGUGGACAAGAUAGGUUUAUCCCAAAAGUGGUAUGAACAUGUCCCCACCAUCCACACCUAACAUUACACCCAUGUUUGUUAGUAACAACACAGUCCAUCACACCCAUUAGGUGCUAUUGAGUAAAUAGUGCAACAGCUAUGUAAUAUCAUGUGCUAGUGUAGUACUUACACCAUGAAUUUACUUUUACUGUUACUGUUGACACCUCUGCUUCAUACACAUGGAAGGUGCCCUCUCUGAACUAUGCUGCACACACGUGAUGUGUUCCGAUAUGAUGAAGGUCGUAUUGUAUGUGUAUAUAUAGCUUGAUAAAUAGGGAAUAGAGUGGGUGACUGGCUGGGCUGAUUGAUGAUGGGGUUCUGUGUAGAAUAGGAAUGACGUUUCUUUGCGUGUUGCAAAAUUGAGAUGCGGACGGGGGAUGGGUGACGUGCUAUAAAGAGGGAUCCUUUUUUGUUUGUUCUCUUGCAGCUGAGCUUUGCGUGGUUUCAUUUGUUUGUUUUUUUCCCCUUUGGUUUUCCAUGCGUUUUGACAUUUUUUCCUGACGUGUAUUUAUUUGACUCUUAUUUAUGCUAUUAUUAUUAAGGCUUUAAUUUGCUUCUUUGUGUGUUUUCCCAUGGUUGCUCUUUUGGUGAAGUGGGU